AUGACUGGUGCUGUUCUCAUCUGCCUAAGUUCCACGCCUGCCGACAUUCCGGAGUUGUAUGACGGAGACAUGCUCCUUUCUAUCUGUUCACAUGAUAGCCAACGCUUUCACCGCGUUGGCCCCACUCCUCCACACACGGACAUCGGGACAAAUGAAGAUAUCGCCUCCGCAUUUCGCGCUGACGGAUACCAUGCUCUGAAGCAGUGUUUCGUCGGCCCGCUGCGACCGUAUCCGGAGCGCGACUCUCUUCAUGAGUAUAUGCGUAGCCCGCAUGGCGCCAUAGCCCGGAGAUGGGAGAUAAACCCGGCGCACGAGGCGCGAUCCGUUCCGUUUGGUGUUCCGUCGUUCGUGACUAUUUCCAUCACAUUUGAAGACAUCGAGUUCCAUUCUACGUUUGAGUUCGUCUUUGUCUGUGCUCUAAAAUUUGAAGGCGGGAACAUCUAUUCUAGUCUGUGCGACCGGAUUUGGAACCUCGCAAGCGCCGACCGGCGGGUGCACGGGUUCGGCCACGUCGUUACCGCUGGUAUCGCUUCUCAAGAUCGCUUUCUGGCGCCGAAGAAGGAGACAUUGCGUGCAACCCAACGGGUACUCCGCUGCAUACGCAUACAUCUGUUCGGUGACUGUGCCAGUGGGACGGACGGUUUGAACGCGGCACUUUGCUCACACGCCAAAUCGCCACUCACCUUCUCCUUCCUCCUCUUGGUCUUCUUCUUGCUGGUAGACAACUACAAAUGUGGAGUCACUGCGGCAGCGCUCAGUUCUGCAAGCACGACCAACCUCCAUCUCCGAUUGGAGGGUGACAGUGUGCUUCCUGGGAUGCCGCCGAUCAUGCCGAACGACGUCGAGCUUGCGCCCCAGCUAUGUACACGGUGUCGGAUUUUUCGGUUUUCUGUCUUCCUGUGUAGGCUUUGGAAGAAAGCUGUGUUCGGCUCCAUGAUCCGGCGCUAUUCCAUUCUGGCGGUAAAUGUCGUUGGGUUGAAUCAAAUGCUUGCAUAUGCAUGCAUGCUUCGAUCUACGCGGCCAAAUACCAUCACGCGGGAUAAGGUCUGA